UUUUGCGUCCCAAAUUCUUCACGCCAAUUCCACGUAUUACUUUUGAUAUUGCGACGUUCCGUUCUCCCCUUACUUCUUCACUAUAUUAUUUUCAGCAUCGUUGGAACAAACGCGACGUUCAAGCAAGGUCAGUAGAACAACGGCAGGUUCGUCAGCUUCGAAUGCGUUGCUGAAACAGGCGAUAGCGAAUCGUCUGAAACCACAACUUAAUGAAAGAAGCUCCGCACAAUGUAAGACAUCUGCUUAUGAAAGCGUGCGCAGUGGAAAUUCAGCUAACGAACUGAGUGGCGAAAAGGAUAGCGCAGAUGAGGAGAAGACGAAAGUGAAGGAGAACUUGAUAACACCGAGUGAGACGAAACUAUCUAGCCCUGGUUUGCAUCUCAGCGAAAGUGUAAUACCAGACUCUAAAAAGAGCACACCAUCUUCGCAUUUGAAUGGAACUGACGAGCAUUCACCUGAAAAGCUUGGAGCUCACGCAAACUUGCCUGAUGUAACCGACAAAACUUUGGCGAGGAGCUCGCGAAAAAGUAUGCAUCAAAGAGCAUUCGCAGUGACAGGCCCCAAUACUGAUUCCGGUGAAGUGCAGCAUCACGAAUAUAGUAGUGGAAGAGCUACCCACAGUGGAAGCAUCUCGUCCUCAAGCGACUAUCAAACGUCCUUAGGAGGAGAAGAAGCGGCUGAUGUCACAACUCCGGAGGACAACAUUAGCUCAUCCAGGAGAAAUUCUUCCAUCGUUUCUUCGAUCGACUCACCGCACGCCUCUUCCCACAAAAGUGUCACUUUCGAUGAUCGAGUUCAGUUACAUGAAAUAGAGCGAAAUGAAGCUAUAGAUAGUGACGAAGAUGAGGAAGAGCCCACAGAGGAGCACACAUUCGAAAGCUAUGCAAGAAAGCAGUUCGAACAGCUGUCGAGGUCUCAAUUUGAGCUGGAACAGGAGGAUCUAAGCGAGGAGUCAGAUUUGAAUGAGGCUAACGUAGAUCAGCGUUUCGCAAACUAUCGAGCUUCUCCUGUAUAUAUGAUGCGCUCAGGCACUCCAUCCUCAUCAGAAGGAAGCUAUCAAAGCUCCUUAGUUGAACUUUCGAUGCCAGACCAAUGUGAUGAGAAUUUCAGUACUGCACGUCUUGACAACACAGACUAUGUGGCUCACGGAGGAGUAGACGCUUCUGUUCAAGUGUCAUACAUUAAUAGCCCAUUAUUAUUGACGAAGAAUGCAGACGCAUCUACAAGCACCGAGCGCCUGCGCGAAACUCCUGAAAGUUGGAGACGAAGUUUCCACGGCUAUGACGGAAGUGAUCAAAACGAGUUAGAGCAGGCCAAGUACGAUCGUCGCGGUUCUUGUGGGUACGGACAGUUGGAGACAUCUCCAAAAAGAAGAGCUCACCAUGCCCCUCUCGAGCGCGAUGACAUUGAUUCGUUACAAAUGAGAAGAGAACUUGUGUACGAGGGUAAUGAGGAUCCAUCACUUGCUGGUUCACGAUCGUCAGACGAAGAGAGAGGAGCUGGUCGGACACUUACAGAGGAGGAGAUACGCGCAAGAUUCUUGGCUAAUUUUGCGAAACGACGCCAUGACUCAGUAGAAGAAGAUCCCUGUGAUCCUGUACAUACGAUGGGCUCACGUGACUCCAUGGUAUCCUCCGGUUCCAGAGAAUCGGUAGUUUCGUCUGUGUCUAUCGGAAAGGAAGCGUUCACACACAGAAAUUUUUUAUAUUGA